GUAGGGGAUAUCACUACAACUGAUCGCCCUGUUUCGGCGGCUCUUACUCGAGUCUCGCCGGUAUGCGCUCAAAUCAUAUGUUGGGAUUUAGCCACAGGCUCGCAACAGCGCUCGGGCAUUUUAAGCCUAAAUGCGGCCCAACCGUCGACAAGCGAGUUAGGGGAGAACAUGUCUCGCUACGGCAGGAAGCAUUCAAAGCCGAAGGGUUUGGCCGUGGGCUGGGUGGGUGUGAGCAGCAUACACUCCCUAACAUACCUAUAUAAGCUGCCGCCAUUUAUUAUCAGCCCGGUCGCGUCGUCAUGCCCUCUUUCUCCCGGGUAGUUACUAGUAGGAUUCUGACGCCAACUAUAGCAGUGCCAGCCCGCCCUUCCUCGGCACGCAAGGUCUGACGUGCGUCUUCAACGAUGGCUGGGAUAAGUCCUGGAAGGCUCUUCGCCAUCGCCUUCUUCCUUUCCACAUGGUCAUGCAUCGCCCUCGGGCUUGCUAUUGACACCGCCGGGUACAGCCAAGUGGCGCGCUAUGCUGAUCCCAACCUAGCCGGGUACCUGGGAGUGUUCUUCCUUGGGGCCGAUCCCUACGUCUACUUCUACCUCAGCAACGGUAACGAUCCUGUGUCGUUCAAGGCGCUCAACGGAGGAUCGCCAGUCAUCAGGCCGACGAAGGGGACCGGGGGUGUGCGGGACCCGACCAUCAUCCCGGGAAGCGGCAGUGAAGCCGGCAAGAAAUGGUAUAUAAUAGGGACCGACCUCAACAUCGGGAAGACAACAUGGGAUGCGGCACAGCGGACCGGAUCAAGGGGGAUCUUCGUCUGGGAGAGCAGCGAUCUCGUCAAAUGGGGGAAUGAGAGACUUGUCGUCGUGGAAGACGCCACCGCCGGCAUGGUUUGGGCUCCCGAAGCGAUUUGGGAUCCUGCGAAAGGGCAAUACCUCGUCCACUGGGCAUCCAAAUUCUACUCGGCCUCGGACCCUCGCCACACCGGCUCGCCAACCACCACCAUCCGCAUCCGCUACGCCUACACAAGCGACUUCCGCACCUUCACCGCGCCGCAGACGCUCAUCGACAAGUCGCCCACGAACAUCAUCGAUCUGACCAUCCUCCCCUUCACCACCACCACCACCAACACCAACACCAACUCCAGUUCGAACAACAACAACAACAACAACAACAACAACUCCUUCCUGCGCUUCAUGAAGGACGAGACCCGCAAGACGGUCUUCGUCGAGGUCUCCGAGACGGGCCUGUUCGGCACCUGGACCCGCCCCGGCGGCGACUCGGCCGUCAUCGAGCACAACGUCGAAGGCCCCGCCGCGUACUGGGACAACGCCGUGCCGGGCAAGGUGCACCUGCUCGUCGACUUCUAUGGCGGGGACGGCUACCGCCCGUACGAGAGUACGAACCCCAGGAGCAAUGCCGGGUGGGUGGCGAGUAGUACUACUAGUAGUAGUACUAAUGCCGCGGGAUUUCCGAGGGGGUUGAGGCAUGGUAGUGUGCUGCCUGUGGAUGAGCGGCUGUAUGCUGCUUUGAAGGCGAGAUGGGGUUAGUGAGUAGUAAGGUCUUUUCACUCUUUUGUCAGUUGUGGGCGUGGGGGAGGGCGAGUAGGAAGGUGUGGGAAGGGGCUGGCG